UCGCCUGAUUAUUUAUCGUGUAAUCAUUGUCGUUCGACGCGGUCGUGUUUUGAUUUCUCAGUCGAGAUCAAAACAAUGUUGUUGACAUAAACCUUGACUGUUUACGCGGUUUUUCAACUGUUGUUAUCAGUCGUCCAUUUACCCCCGCCAAUUUCAAGUUAUCAUCGUGCGAUCCCGCUAGUCCGCUACGCUACGUCAUUGCACACCUUUUGAACUCGAAUAGCUGCGGCAAUAGUUGUAAACAGAAACGGUACCUAGUCGGACGUAUCGCUAUUUACGUCUAGGCGUUUGUGAAAAAAUAACAGUUAACGCGACGCAUUUUAAUAAUAUAUCCAGUGUCUAAGGAAAUGACGAGUAUUAAAUUAAGUUUUCUUAUACUGUUUACUUGCGGACUGCUUGCACGGAAUUCUCUAGGUCUAUCGCCUGUAAUCCUCAUCCCUGGGGAUGGAGGAAGUCAACUCGAGGCGAAAUUGAAUAAAACAAAUGUCGUGCAUUACAUCUGUGCGAAGACAUCACCAGAUUACUUCAACAUAUGGCUCAACUUGGAGCUGUUAGUACCGUUUGUCAUCGAUUGCUGGGUGGAUAAUUUAAAGUUAGAGUACGACAAUGUUACAAGGACAACAAAAGGCCCCAGCGGUGUUGACAUACGGAUACCAGGGUGGGGGAACCCGGAACCUGUGGAAUGGCUGGACCCAUCACAUCAGAGUACUGGAGCAUACUUCAACACUAUUGCAGAUUCACUAGUCAAGCUAGGAUAUCAAAGAAAUGUGUCCAUUCUUGGAGCUCCGUAUGACUUCAGAAAAGCUCCAAAUGAGAAUGGCAAAUUCUUCACGGAUCUGAAGACCAUGGUGGAAAAUACAUACACGGCGAACAACAAAUCUUCAGUGACACUCCUCGUGCACAGUAUGGGGGGGCUGAUGGCCAUGCACUUCUUACGUCUACAGCCUCAGGCGUGGAAGGACCAGUACAUCCGACGCCUCAUCUCCUUGUCUACACCCUGGGGCGGGUCCAUGAAGGCCGUCAAGGUAUUUGCUAUAGGUGAUGAUCUAGGCAGUUUAAUGCUCCGGGAGAGUAUAAUGCGCGCGCAGCAGAUAACAUGCCCUUCCCUGGCGUGGCUGCUCCCCUCGCCGCUGUUCUGGAAGCCCGGGGAGGUGCUGGUGCAGACCGACAAGUACAACUAUACCAUUAAUGACUUCCAGAGGCUGUUCACUGAUAUGGAGCUGCCAGACGCGUGGGAGAUGCGCAAGGACACAGAGAAGUACACGAAAGACUUCGGCGCGCCCGGCGUCGAGGUGCACUGCAUUUAUGGGUACAACAUCAGUACUGUUGAGAGACUAGUAUAUAAACCAGGCACGUGGCUCGAUGGGUACCCGACUCUCGCAAUGGGUGACGGGGACGGCACAGUCAACCUCCGCUCACUGAACGCCUGCGAACAUUGGCGCAAGAAGAGGUUCCGUAAUGGAAACUCCGUAAAAUCCCUCGCACUACCAGACGCUGAGCAUUUGAAGAUAUUACACGAUAAACGAGUGCUGGAUUAUAUUCAGUUGGUUAUGAAGAACUGAUUGGUUUAAUGUGAGUGUGAAUGGAGUUUGUGGCAGUCGCGGAUUGUAACUAAGGGGAUUUAGGUAGGAAAGUAAUCAAACUACACCAUCUGUUAUGGAUUUUCAACCUUGUUUGUUUAGUAAUGGAGUUUAAAAUCUAAUGUCGAUAGUGUAGUAGGUACUAUUCGUCCAAUCACUCACUAUAACCGUCAAAAAAUUAUUGUCCAAUGGUUUUAGACUAAGAAAUUCUCUGUUGAAUAGACAAGACCUCACGCGACAUAAGUCCCUACUGGUAGCCCUCAUUGGAGUACAUUGACUUUCCUACUGACGUCGACUUGCCUAUCAUCACGGUGCAAAAUUUUUAAUAAAAAUCAAGUAGAAUAGUCUCCAUUUUAUAGUUUAAAAUUAAAUAAAGGGUGCUUCUUACCUACGUUGCUAGAAUCCGCCUCUGCUAUGUAGGUUAUUGUAUGAUCGAAGAUAUUCUUCGUAUCAACAAAGUAUGGGUGCUUAAUUUAUGGAGAAUUUGGUUCGACAUAUUGACUUUUGUUAUAAGAAAGUCGUGGAAUUAAUGAAGAUUUCAAUAGAGAGAGUAAAAAUGAAAGAUAUGAUAUGAUACACGAAUGGUUUCGUCGUGUGAGUGAGGUUACCGGAGGCCCAAUUACCCUCCCCUUCCCCAAUCUCCCCAAUCCCUGAAUCC